UCUCGUGUCGCCAAGAUGCGCCAAGUAAGCCAAUUCUGCCUCGACACUGGCAAGACAUACAAGCCUUGCCCAGCCGGGCAGGCCUAGACGUGGAUGGGAAAACGGCCGACUGGCCGCACUCGUGAAAGUGGCUUUCCUGGCCGAAUUAAAAAAGCAUGCUUUUGUGAAAUGCAAGGUCAACCCUGUGUUUGUCAGGAUUCGAUGCCCCUCGGUAAGGCCAUAUGAGGUAGCUUUGGACGACCUUGAUAUGUUGCGGAGAUAGGCUCGGGUAGGACCUAUAUAUUCUCCCUAUCGCUCUUUGUCCCCCUUUCUACCUUUCUCUUGAUAACCAGCGACUUGUUAUCAACGAGAAAUCGACCUUCGAUCUUCGACUUCGAUACCGACAUUGACGGCCUCUGUCCGCGCGUGUCAAAAUGGCUCUCGACCAGUACACCUACAUCUUUGUCAUCGGCACCCUGUUUGCCAUGCUCGAUGCCUUCAACAAUGGUGCCAAUGAUGUUGCAAACGCCUGGGCUACCAGUGUCUCGUCGAGAUCCAUCUCGUACAGACAAGCUAUGAUAUUUGGCACCGUGUUCGAAAUGCUCGGAGCUAUCACGGUCGGUGCCCGCACGGCCGAUACCAUCAAGAAUGGUAUCAUCCCCUACACAGCUUUCGGUGGAAACGCCGGUGUUCAGAUGCUCGCUUUCACUUGUGCCUUGGCUGCCGCUUCGACUUGGGUUAUGUGGUGCACGCGACACUCGGCUCACGUGUCGUCCACCUACUCUCUUAUCUCCGCCGUCGCCGGUGUUGGUGUCGCAACCGUCGGCGCCUCGCAGGUCCAAUGGGGCUGGAACAACGGUAAGGGUCUUGGUGCCAUCUUUGCCGGUCUUGGAAUGGCUCCCGCCAUCGCCGGAGGCUUCGGUGCCGCCUUCUUCAUGCUCAUCAAGCUCGUCGUUCACGUUCGCAAGAACCCGAUUCCCUGGGCUGUCUAUUCCUCGCCUUUCUUCUUUCUCGUUGCCGCUACCGUAUGUACUCUGUCUAUCGUGUACAAGGGCUCUCCUAGUCUCGGCUUAAACAAGAAGCCCGGUUGGUACGUAGCUGCUGUCACUAUGGGUUGUGGCGGUGGUGUCGCCCUCCUCUCAGCUUUAUUCUUCGUCCCCUUCGUACACGCAAAGGUUAUCAGGCGGGAUCACUCGGUCAAAUGGUGGAUGUUUAUCCAAGGCCCCCUCCUCUUCAAGCGCCCGGUUCCCGAGAGUUCCGAGGCUGCCAACAUUCCCAACUACGCCGUCGUCCAAGACGAGGAAGAGGAACGCGCUUCCACACGUUCCGAAUCCAUCUCUGAUCACCCGGCUACUUCGAGCUCUAACGAGGAGAACGAGAAAAGGCUCGUCACAAUCGAGGCCAAGCAAACCACGUACAAGGAAAUCGUUACGCAGGGUGAGGGCAAGCUACACGAGAAGCUCCUCAACAGCCGUGGGCCUAUGGGCUGGGCUAUGCGCACGCUCCGCGACAACCCUAUGGGUGCUGGUGAAAUUUACGAGCUCCACAACAUGAAGAUCCUCAUAAAGCGUAUUCCCGCAGUCGUCACCAGCGGCCUGCUCUAUGGCAUGCACUACGAUAUCCACGCCGCGCAGUCUGGUAUCUCCGGCACUCCCGAGGGUAAGCGCAUGCAGCGCGUCUACGCCCAUGCGGAGAAGUACCCUAACGAGGUCGAACACACAUAUUCUUUCAUUCAGGUCCUGACGGCCUGUACUGCCUCGUUCGCUCACGGUGCUAACGAUAUUGGAAACUCUGUUGGCCCCUGGGCCGUCAUCUACUCCGCGUGGAAGACCGGUAAAGCUUCAGAGUCUACUGCUCAGGUUCCUAUUUGGCAACUCGCUGUCCUAUCUGCGAUGAUCUCCAUCGGCCUAAUCACGUAUGGCUACAACAUCAUGAAGGUCAUGGGCAACAAGAUCACCUAUCACUCCCCUAGCCGAGGUUGCUCUAUGGAGAUGGGUGCCGCAAUCACGGUGCUUGUAUUCUCUCAGUACUCUCUUCCCGUGUCUACAUCGAUGUGCAUCACAGGCGCUACCGUCGGCGUCGGUCUCUGCAACGGCACCAUAAAGGCUGUCAACUUCCAGCGUGUCGGUCUUUUGGUCUUAUCGUGGAUCGCCACAAUUCCCGUCGCCGGUACCCUUGGCGGCGUACUCAUGGGUCUAUUUCUUAACGCGCCUCACUUCCUCGCAUCGGCAUGAACAUAUUAGAUUACGGAUGCUUUUGAUAGAAAGUGGUCCCUGGAUAUUUUCUCUUAUAUACUAAUGAAAGUUUUGUUUUACGAAUGCAGCAUGGUAGAUACCAAAUAGAGCACGGUUAGGGAAAAGUAUUGGGUUGCAUGUUUGUUUAUAU